UCUCUUUCCCGCCCCCUUUCUUCUUCUCUUCUUCUUCUUCCUUCCUCUUGUACUAAUAGUGUCCAAAAAUCUCUAAACCUUAAGGGAGCCCAAAACUCACCGUUAUAGCUCGUGAAGACGGUCGGCUUCAAUUCGGCACCCUCUCUUUCGGCCCCGAAAUGGCGACCGCCCGUUUCGCACGCCGGCGACUCCCAUCCUCCGCCGCCGUCCUCCUCCUCCUCCUCCUCCUCCUCGCCGCCGCGCCUCCGCCGGCCCACUCCCUCCCCGACUCCCAGUACAAAACCCUCUUCUCCCUCGCCCACUCCGUCCACGACUCCCAGUACAAAACCCUCUUCUCCCUCGCCCACUCCCUCCUCCCCGACUCCCAGUACAAAACCCUCUUCUCCCUCGCCCACUCCCUCCCCGACUCCCAGUACAAAACCCUCUUCUCCCUCGCCCACUCCCUCCUCCCCGACUCCCAGUACAAAACCCUCUUCUCCCUCGCCCACUCCCUCCCCGACUCCCAGUACAAAACCCUCUUCUUCUCCUUCGCCCACUCCCUCCUCCCCGACUCCCAGUACAAAACCCUCUUCUUCUCCCUCGCCCACUCCCUCCCCUACUCCCAAUACAAAGCCCUCUUCUCCCUCGCCCACUCCCUCGCCACCCGCGUCGCCAGCCUCCGUGCCGCCCGCGGCGACCUCGCCGGGGCCGAGCGCGCCCGGGCCAUCGCGGAGCUGAGCGAGCUGCUGGGCCUGGUGCUCCCCUACUCCCAGUACGAAGCCCUCUUCUCCCUCGCCACCCGCGUCGCCAGCCUCCUCGCCGCCCGCGGCGACCUCGCCGGGGCCGAGCGCGCCCGGGCCAUCGCGGAGCUGAGCGAGCUGCUGGGCUUGGUGGAGGAUUUGGCGAGGGCGGAAUCGAAUGCGGAGAGGGCGAGCUGGAUUGUGAGGAACUACGAGAACGCUGUGUGGGUCUCGAAGUCGGUCUUCGCGAGGCUUCUCCGAGUGUUCAGCAAAUCGGGUCCACUGAGGGAAAUGGUAGAGACCUUGCGAAAGGAAGUGGUGGAUGGUGAUUUCUUGAGGGAUUGUCUGGAAUUGGGAAGUAAUGACUUGAAAGGACUGGUCCAAAUUUUGAAGGAUCUUAUUUCUCAAUAUUACUCGUCAUCUGAUCAUCACCAAGAUCUCUAGAACAUCAUCCAGGACUUGUCUUUGGAACCAGUUUUGCUAUGAAGGUCCCUGGGUAAGCACUAUGUUUAUGUACCAUAUUAGAGGAGUUGAACAUUUCAAAAGCAAUUGUGCAGAAUUUUGGCAGGAGUUUAGAAGGUGAACAUAGAAGAGUAGAGAACUCUGAUUGCCAGGUGUUGUCUGAGUCAUGUUGUUAUCAUUUGGAGUUGCUUCAGCAUCUUUUCUGUGGUGGAGAGCUGUAAAUAGUUCUCACUUGUAAAGAUGUAAUUCCUUUGUCUUUAAUUGGAUAGUUUUCACUUUCUAUGGUGUUGAACUAUUGACAUGAAAUUGAACAGUUACAAUCACCUCAACGUGACAAUAGGACCAAUUUCUUUAAUGAUUUAUAGUUA